AUGCGCGGUGGGGCUCUCCAUCAUUUCCAAUAUCCCAGUGUAGGAGAACCAGCAGAGGCAGAGAACUAAUGGGAACCAUGGGAAUACCACUACCCAACUGCGUUUGGGAGCCGAUAUGUUAAACACACUCUGUUUGUCCGACUGAGGGACUGUAUCCUGGGCGACUUUCCUGUGAAAGCAAAGCCACUCCUGAUCCCCGCUUCUUCAGCCAGCAUCUUCCCGAGUCGGAUGGCUCUGAAAGACGAAGAUGCAGUAAUGGAAGUCCAUGCACCAUUUAGCUGUGUAGCCAUGAAGCAGCUGAGAGGGUAGGGUCUGCUGUGAGCUCGCCUCACCCUACCCGACCACCCACCAGCUCUACCUGAGAGCAAAGCCCUACGUCGAAGCAUAAUCCUGCAGCUCUAUCCGUCUCCGCACCCUUCCCACCAUCUCCUCCUCCACCACGGCUUUGGAAGACGAGCAUGAGGUGCAUUGCGAAGACACCGGUUGAUGUCUGAUAUAUAUACCUGUGAGGCGUCGAGCGUAAAACCGGUGGAGCAAUGAAUGGCGGAAAGGACUGCGAGGCGGGAGAUGAGAGGCAGGCCGUCCCUGUCCAGGUCCCCAUCGGCUGGCAGCGCAAGCCGGAGCAUGGCGGCGGGGUCGUAUACAUAAGUCCCAGUGGCUCGGUGCUGUCCAGCUUGGAGCAGGUAAAGACCUACCUGCUGACAGAUGGAACCUGCAAAUGCGGCCUGGAGUGCCCACUCAUCCUCCACAAGGUGUUCAACUUCGACCCAGGGGCAGCUGUGAAGCAGAGGACGGCGGAGGAUGUGAGAGCCGAUGAAGACGUCACCAAGCUCUGCAUUCACAAGAGGAAGCUUCUGGCGGUGGCCACGCUGCACAGGAGCAUGGGGACGCACCCACCUCUGACGCUCACCAGUCCGGGGGGAGGUACAUCAUCGGUGGUCGUUGCACACUCCACGUCUCAACGAGUAAUAAGGACUAAACCCCACGAUGGCCUGCCCAACGCUGUUGGCCCAGACUGCAAGAAUCCUUUCAAGAUGAUGAUGGCAACUGGACAGCAGCAGCAGCAGAGGCUGUAUCCACCCCAGGAGAUGGGUGGAGCCCAGCAUCCCGAGCUCUACUCUGGAUACCCCAGGCCGCAGAGGUUGAGCAGUGGGGAGACGGGCCACAGAUCCCCUUACCGGGUUGGGUAUGGAGGCAUGCUGAGCCCACCUCCCUCCAGUGCUAAGCUGUAUGGAGAUGGCUCACAGUCUCCCAGUGCAGACACUCUGGGCAGCCCCGAUGGCUUUCCAAGGACCAAUCCUUGUGGGUUUCCAGGAGCUGGUAGUCCUGGCUCAGCCUCCAUCCAUGGGAACUCUAGGACGCCUCUUUCCCCACCCAGUUUAAUGCUCCAUGGCUCCCCUGCGGGCCAGCUAUCUUGCGCCAUGACAGGGAGGACUAGCACGCCCCUCUCCCCCACGGCCACUGCCAAAAGCCCUGUCAUGAACAUGCCUCGGGGGAGCUUCCCCCCUGGUAUGGAUAUGUCCCGUGCAGCAUUUCACCAUAAAACACAGCCCCCUGUGCAUCCCAUACCGCCUCCUCCAUCCAUACCACCAUCCUGUGCUCUUCAGAAAAGGCAGUUGAUGUCCGAAAAAGACCCAUUAGGCAUCCUGGACCCCAUCCCCCGCCACGCCCCAAACCCCUCCAACUUCCAGCCCAACAUCCACUCUCAGGUACAAAUGAUGAAUGUAAACAUACCCCCUCCCGCCAUCGUUCCCUUGCCAAGCAACUUACCUUUACCCACAGUGAAGCCUGUGCCUGUGGGGCAUGGCGGCCAUGUUCAAAGGACUCAACAGGGUGGUCCGGCUUCCUCCAUGUCCCCCUCCCCUGUCACUUCGCCUGUCCACAUGGCAGGGCCUGUCCUUGGCCGAAUGGAGGCCUCUCCUCAUCGCUCACGGUCAUCCUCCACCUCCUCUGACCAUGGGAACUUUGCAAUGCCCUCGGGGCACCAGGCCCCAUGUGGCAUGAAGGUUCCUCCUCGUUCCCCCAGGUCGGCCAUGGGAUCUCCCAGGCCUUCUAUGCCCUCCAGCCCCUCCACCAACAAAACUGACCCGCACCACCAGUACAAAGACUCCCAGAUGCUGCCCGGCAUGGGAAACUCGAUUGGCGCCCAGCAGCACAACAACCCCAUGUACUCACCCACCUCUUCCUCCUCGUCAUCUUCUUCUCUGGCAACCCCUAGCGCUUCCCAGAAGGGCCACCCAGGACUCCUGGGUAUGCCCCUCAACCAGAUUCUCAACCAACAGAAUGCCGCUUCCUUCCCGGCCAGCAGUCUCUUGUCAGCCGCAGCCAAAGCACAGCUAGCAAAUCAAAACAAACUCAGCGCUGCUGGCAACAGCCCUGCUGGCAUGGGCGGCGGCGGAGGUGGCGGUGGCGGUGGUGGUGGUGGUGGUAUGACAGGCAUGGGGGCUGGUGGUGGAGGUAAUGGAGUAGGUGGCGGACACCCUGGCUCUAUGAGCGGCCCUCGAGGCAUGGAGGGACACAGCACUUUAAACUCAAUGCUCCCGCCAAACUCCACCAUGCUGCUCAACACUCCUGAGGGCCAGAGUGGUCGGGCGGCUCUUAGAGACAAGCUCAUGGCCCAGCAGAGGGACCCCAUGCGCAAACGGAAGCAGUCAUCGGGCAGCGCUGCUGUAAACCACGACAACAGUAACAACAUGGUCUACAACAUGCUUAACAAGCGAGGCAUGGGAGGACCCCACAUGGCGGGUCCCAGUGCCACUGAGCAGCUUCGAAAAGUGGGCCGACUUGGAAACCUUCCCCCAAACACCUCCAUGGCCCAGCUUCUCCAGUCCAUGAGCUGCCAGAGCUCCCACAACCAUCGUCCAGGUCUUAGCCCUGGCCCGGGCCCUCAAGGAUCUGCACAGCUGCACUACAACGACAGCACUGGUAUGGUCCCUGCUGGCCCUCAGCAGAACCUCCUAGCUCAGCAGAGGCUUCGGGGUCCAGGGGAUGCCAUGCAGCACUGCCAGAACAUGGACACCUCUGUGGGCCAUUUGGGCUCUCGUCCAGGCCAGUUCCCUGACAUGAUAGCCCAGAUGCAGGCCUCUUCCAUGAGUAACUGUGGGCCUAUGGUGCCAGGAGGUGGACCAGUGGGCCCCGAUGGCAUGCCGCUGGGACGCCCCCACACUAACCCCCCACCGCUGUCCCAUCCCGGCCCUCACCCCUCACAGCAGAACCUCCUUCACGGUAUGGGGCGGACUACCAUGGUGGUGAUGCCACAUGGAGGUGCUGAUGGGAGCUGUACACAAACCAUCUCUGAGUCGGGAAACCCCUCAUCCCUUGGCUGCGGUAUGGGCGGCCUGCAGCCUCACGUCAACACCGGUGUAGGUCAGAUGUACCAGCAGCAGGUCCACCAGGGCAUGCAGCAGGGAGUGGCCUCCCACCCAGCCUACCAGGGACAGCAGCACUUCUCUGACAACCCGCCCUACUCAGACAGAAGCAACGCCAAUGCCGGCUCCAUGGCCUGCCUCUACCAGAACUACCAGACGGGGAUGUUGUCUCACCCACAGUUCAGGGAGGAACAACAGCCCCAAGGUGAAGGGCUUCCAGCGGGGGCACCCGGCGGUGACAGGGGCCCGGGUGGAGGCCCGGAGUCGGUGGACGCCAUCUACAGAGCCGUGGUGGACGCCGCCAGCAAGGGCAUGCAUGUAACUAUAACCACCACAGUGAGCGGGACCACACAAUCGAGUCCGGUGCCUUCCCUCAGCGCCAUGAGUGCCUUCACUGCCUCUAUAGGGGAGCCGGUCAACCUCCCCCAAGCAGUUAGCACAGUCCUGCACAGGCACCAGGAAGGAGAGGUGUUACCGCAGCAAGCCAGACCGAGGCAGGUGAGGCCGGGACGAGGUCAGAAGAACAUGGAUCCAGGAAAGAGCACUCCAGACGGCCCCGAGGCCAACGACUACUUCCGCUCUCCUGGCCGUGGAACUCCCAGGGGGCAGUGGGACGGAGAGACGCAGCACGGGGGAGGCUUCGACGCUCACAGCAACAACAGCGCCUGGGGUGGUGAGGAGUUUCUGGAGUGCUCGACCCAAGUGAGGAGUAGUCCCUGCAUGGAGCGACCCGCCAGCCUGGCCCCCGCCCCGCCCUGCCCCACAGAGGGGUCCAACGACCACGGCCUGGUCAUGGCCCACGAUAAGGCCUUUCUCGAUGAUGGCUACCGCUUCAACAACUGCCACCGGACGCCUGCUAACUACAAGGAGCGUCUGGAGCAGACGGUGGAGCGCUGCGUCCACAUCAAUGGCGCCACUACCCACUUCAGCACCCGGGGUUACGGAGAUGUGCUGGGCCCCCCGAGGCAGGAGCUGACGGGGGACGACCAGUCGCCCAGCUCCUCCACGAGCCUGGAGGGACCUCUGGCCACAGCCAAAGACUACAGCCACUACAACGGCCACUUCAACGGUAUGGCGCCCAGCCCCUCGGACACUAAGAGCCUAAGCAGCGAGGAGGACCUGCGGCAACCGGACUCUCCCUCUUCAGAGCUGCUUCACUGCUACCGGUCCAGGACCUUCAACAUGGGAGAGCUGGUCUGGGGCCAGCUGAAAGGCUUCCCACCUUGGCCUGCCAAGCUGGCUGGGGACGAACAAGUGCACAGUGCUGCUAUGCAGCUGCGGGAGCAGGCCAAGGUAGAGCCAGAGAAGCUAAAAACACUGACGCACGACUUGGAGGCACUUGACCGAGCCGCCAAAAGAGGCCUGAAGCCGGGGAAACUGAAUAAUCACUUGGAAGCUGCUAUCCACGAGGCCAUGAGUGAGCUGGAUAAGAUGUCGGGCACAAUCCCGUCGAGGGAUCGUCAGGUGAAGCUCCCCAAGCCUAAGAGGAGGAAGAUAUCCAGAUAACAUUGAAUGUGUCGGCCCAAGAACGUCCUCCAAGCCUCCGGAGACUUCGUCCGUUCAGCCUUGAUGCGAUCCGAGCUCUCUAACAGGUGCUACACAUGGACUUUCAGUGGUACAUCCGUGAUAUCGACUUGACUUAACGACCACAGAAGGUGCUGGAUAUUCCAAUCACCUGUACAGUUUUAACUGUAGAGAGAAAACACGGACAAAUAAAGAAAAACAUUGGUUGCGAUUUGUCUACAGCUCACUGAAUUAACUAUUUUUUUCUAGUAUAAGAUAGUAAAACAAACAAAAAAAAAAGCUACAAGCAUUACCAUACAUAUUUAAGAAAAAUAGACAGUCCAAAUAUUUCUGAUACAUUUUCAAUAUGUAUAUAGAUAAUCCUGAAAUUUCAUGCUAUUAAGAAUUGUAUGUAAAUAUUGUACAAUGUCAUGUACAAGCAUACCUAAUGCACAUUUUAUCUUUUAUUGUACAGAAACAAAGCAGAAGUGUACCAAUGUCUUGGUUUCUAUUCAGACGUGCGGUUGCAUACGGCCGCAUGCGUAGGAUAAAUAAGAAUACAGCCUAAAGCUUUUAUAUGAUGAACUGUACGACGUGCUGGUUUUUUUGUUUUUUUGUAAGUGAACAGCAGUGAGAACAGGCAUGAGUAUAUGAGUCCUCCGUUAUGAACGUCACUUCACAUCAUUUGUACUGGGGAAAGUUAAAAAAAAGAUAAAAACAGAAUGAACUUUACCAGCAGAAUGUGUUCAAUGUUCCCCCGGAGCAGGCUGGGAAACGACGAGCGGCCGGACGGACGUUGGUAAAUGGACGCCGGCUCCUCCAGCCACCUCGACGGGAACAUCGCAAUUGGAGAUCCGGUGUUUGUGCUUAAAACAAAGUCUGGUUGGCUGAAGAUUUCUUUGGUUACCAGAUGUUUUAUAGAAGGAAAAAUCCACCCUCACAUGUCAUUUUGUUUUCCUUACACGAAGGCUCAGGGUCACCUGAUGCUACAGCUGCAGAUAUUUAGAUAACCGUUUGUCAUCUAUUUAAGAAAGAACAAAUUUAAGGGUACUUUCUCAUAGUUUUUGUCCUUUUAUUGACUUAACAAUUAAUCACAAAAUAGCAAUUGAUAUGUUAAUCGAUAAUAAUAAAUAGUUUGUGUCAUAAAUGUGGCAUAAAAUACGUUUCUCAGCCUCUCAAAUAUGGAGAUUUCCUGCUUUUCUCUGUUUUACAUCAUAUUAAACUGAAGCAUAUUUUGAACUGUGUUAAAACAAAGAUAACCGAGAGGACCCUGAAUGCAGCACAAGAACACAACCGCGAGUGUUUUUUGGGUGGAUUUUUCCUUCAGCUACAAUCAAGAAAUCACAGGCUGCAUUGAUGAAUUAUGUCAUUUGGUUGUUGUGAUUAUGUUCUCGUGCUCGUUUGUACAGUGAUUUAUUUUUUUUUUCUUCCAUGACUGUAGUCGUUCUUCGCCACAACGAUAGCUUUAGGUAGAGUAACCGACCUCCAGUCUAGAGCAUCAGAACUCGCUUUAAAGAGCGGUGAAAGCAUUUCUCUCAUUUAGAGGCCUUGUGUUUAUUUUUACUUUUGCUUAUUGAUGUAAAUUAUUCAUGUACAGUACUCCAUAUUUAUUUUAAGCUUUACAAAUAUGCUAGAUGGCAAUAAUACUACCAAGAGUUGAGAACUCAAGCCUUAUAUGUGUAUAUGUAUGUUUUGUUUUUUACCAGUGAAUAGAUCAUGUAUUCAGAGUCAAUUACAAAGGUCACGGUCCCUUUAAUUUAAGAAGUGAGCAUUACAGAGAACACGUUUCUCAUUGUUUGUUUUUGUUACGCAUCGUGUCAUAAAGGAAGAAAAUGUUACGUCUGCCUCCGACACCAUACUAUUUAUGAAUAUGCACAUCUGUAAAGGCAGACGCCGUUAAUGUUGGUAAUAAAUGCAGUUUUAAAACUAGCAAAGCAAAACCAUCACGGGGUCUUAAAAGCCACAGUGAUGCACAUCACACACACACACACACACACACACACACACACUACUCCAGAUCGAAACCACCUGAAAUCACUACAGAAAUAUCAAGUGCAAUAUACCAAUCGAUGGCAAAGAUCAACAGCUUAGAAACACGGCAUCUGUGAUUGUUUGAAACCUUCUCUUUCGUGCACACCCUCAACAUGCACGCUCCAAAACUCUCACCGGAGAGCCAUGAAGUAGUAAUUUAUUUGUAGCUUUACCUUCUAACAUGUACACACACAGCUGUUACUCCCACUGCUUUUAAUUUGAUCAAACGAAGAAAACUAUUACUUGAAGUUACUGCAAAGAACCCAACUGUUACAAACCGUAAAACCAAAUAGUACACUACAUCGUAAAGAGAUUGUUUUCUUUCUCACCCAGUAAAACAUGAACACGCUACCGUUGAUGCAUAUCUUAUGGUUUUAUAUCCCCAGAAAACUGUUUUAUUUGUGGCGAGGAAUCCCACAAAUGUGCUUAAGUUUUAUACCCAAUGUUGUAAACAGGGAGCCUCAAAGUCAAGCUAUGAAUUACAUCCAAGUAACGAUUUAAAGGUUUCUGAUUUUGUUAAUUUGUGCACACUUUUACCAACCUUAAACUUAAGUUGGACGCAGGAUAUCUGUGUUUAAUAAUAUCCAUGCUUUUCUAAAUGUCCCUAAUUUUUCAGCGUGCACACAUUUAAGAACCUCAGAGGUUUUACUGUAAUCUGUGACGAGGAAAUCUUUCGGCCGUUUUUCAAAAUGUGACGUUCGGUGUCGAGGAACCCGCGAGCUCUUUCGGUAAAGUUCAUUCUGCGCCCCUUCCUUGUUUUUGUGCAAUGACAUGCAGGAACCCGGUCUCAUGUUGGGAACCCAUGUGUUAUGGAUCUGUUCUAUCAGUUUCAUGUUAUUUGUGGUCAAGAGUUGAAAGCAUCUUUGUGUUUGAGAUGGUCUGUGCAGUUCUUUUCUUCCUCCUCCCGCCUGUGAUUGUGUGCUGAGGUGUGAGUGUGAUUUUUAUUUUCCUGCUCUUUGAAUCUCAUUUCCCUCUUCCAGCCUUUUCAUUGUCAGUAUUUUCUUUGGUCAACUUGUAAUUAAGUAUAUAUUUUCUCACUAAUAUAUACUUUACAAAAAAUAGACUUGCGUGAAGUAUGAUGUGCACUUGAUUGCUCUUGUUAAUUUCUCUUUUUGCAUUAAUGUGGGCUAGGGAUAGUUUGUCAGAGUCCAUUAUUUUGAGAUUGUUUGGACUUUUUUUAAUGGUUUGAUGUAAGCAGCAUUCUUUUGUAAAUAUUGUGAAACAUUACAGGUCAUGCAGUGAUGUAACAUUUUGAACAAUGUUGCACAGAUGUUGAAGAUAUUAAAAACAUGGUCACUCUUACUUGAAUAAU